AUGGCCAGCAUUUUCUUCCUUUUGCUACCUGCUAUCUGCCACCUUUUCGUUUAUGUCCAUGCUUUUACGGCUUCAGCAUGGACAAACGGUCAUGCAACCUUUUAUGGAGGCAGUGAUGCUUCAGGAACAAUGGGGGGUGCUUGUGGAUAUGGUAACUUGUACUCGAGUGGGUAUGGUACAAGAACUGCUGCAUUGAGUACUGCUCUUUUUAACGAAGGUGCUUCUUGCGGCCAGUGCUACAAGAUCAUAUGUGAUUACAAGGCAGACCCAAAAUGGUGCAAGAAAGGUGUGUCUGUGACCAUCACCGCAACAAACUUUUGCCCACCAAAUUUCGAUCAGCCUAGCAAUGCCGGAGGGUGGUGCAAUCCACCCCUCCAGCAUUUCGAUAUGGCUCAGCCUGCUUGGGAGAAAAUCGGCAUUUACAAAGGUGGAAUCGUCCCCGUUCUCUUCCAAAGAGUACCAUGUAAGAAACACGGUGGAGUUAGAUUCACGAUAAACGGACGAGACUACUUUGAGCUUGUUCUGAUAACCAACGUUGGAGGUGCCGGAGCGAUUCAGUCGGUGAAGGUCAAGGGCUCUAAAAGUGACUGGGUGCCGAUGUCCAGAAAUUGGGGAGCUAACUGGCAAUCAAAUUCGUACCUCAACGGCCAACCUUUGUCGUUCAUGGUCACAACCACCGAUGGUGUCACCAAAACUUUCCCGAAUAUCGUCCCUGCAAACUGGGGUUUCGGUCAAACCUUCUCAAGCCUUUUACAAUUCUAAAAAAGAAAAUAAAAAUGCC